AGGACAAGAACUACUGACAUUCCUCAAAGACACAUGCCUGUAAUGAAUGAGGUGCAUUUAUAAGUAGCCGUUGUUAAAGUCCUUCCUGUUAUUUUUGCGCCGCCAGUUUUUUCUCUCUUUUGUUUCGUUAAGGUGGUCAACUUGAUUUUCCUGCAAUCCCUUCUCGAAGGGUGCACAGAAAGCUCUUCAUGCAGAGAAGCUUCAGCGGAACAGCGUUUAGCUGAAGCGUAUAUUUCUGUUUGUGUUCUUGUCAAGGAGUAGGUAAUGGAGGAUAUUGGAGACAAGAUCAGCAAUCUAAAAAAUAAAAGUUCACCAAUUUCUGUUUUUGCAGAAGAGCAAAAGCCUGUUGAAAAGGAAUCACAUGUCAAAGAUGAGGAUGAUGAGAUGCCAAACAACUUGGAGAAUGGUCACAUUGCAUUAAUCACAGAGAAAAUGGUUAACAAGGAGAAAGGGUGUGACGAAGCAUGCUUGGAACACCAAGAUGCAAAGAAUGACAUAUCAAUCAAGGAAGAAUUGGAUCCAGAAAUGGAUGGAAGUGGAGUACAUAUCAAAGGGAAUGAUGAUGAGAUACAAUUCAAGCCGGAGAAUGGUCACAUGCUAGUAAUUGCAGAGAAAAUGGCCAAAGAGGAGAAAGAACUUGAACAAGCACGUUUGACACAACAGUAUGCUAAGACUGAAAUACCAGUCAAGAGUGAAACUCCAGAGCUUGAUGAAUCCAUGUUUACCAAAUUAGAUAGUCUUCUUACUCAGACUCAAUUGUAUUCAGAGUUCCUACUUGAGAAGAUGGAUGACAUCACCAUGAGUGCAAGAGCAAAUGUCAAUGCUGAAUCAACUCGAGGAAGGAAGAGAGGAAGAGCAAAAAGAGCUGCUGCUGGCAAUGCGGCCCAUAAGAAAGCAAGAGUGGCAGUAGAGGUCAUGCUCACAAAUCGUGAGAAAAAUAUACUUGAUGAAAGCUCCGAUAUUUUACUGGAUGAAGAGAGCCUGCGGAAAGAACAAAUGGAGCUCAUACCUCUGAUGACUGGAGGAAGGCUAAAAUCAUACCAAAUGAAAGGGGUGAAGUGGAUGGUUUCGCUGUGGCAAAAUGGACUGAAUGGAAUUCUUGCUGAUCAAAUGGGUCUUGGAAAGACAGUUCAAACUAUAGGGCUCCUUGCACAUUUGAAGGGAGAGGGAUUGCAUGGACCUUUUCUAGUAGUUGCUCCACUUUCCACCCUUUCAAAUUGGGUGAAUGAAUUCAAUAGAUUUGUUCCAAGCAUGAAAGUACUCCUUUAUCAUGGAUCAAAGAACGAUCGUGCUGGACUAAGGAGAGAGCAUAUGCCCAAAACAGUGGAUCCAGAUCCAACAUUUCCUGUUGUUAUCACUUCUUAUGAGGUUGUAAUGUUCGAUCGCAGGUUUUUAACUCAAUACAAGUGGGCAUACCUAGUGGUUGAUGAGGGACAUCGAUUGAAGAAUUAUGAAUGCAGAUUGUUGAGGGAACUUAAGUUAUUAUCGCCCAGAAACACAUUGCUCUUGACUGGCACUCCUUUGCAUAAUAACUUGGCAGAGCUUUGGUCUUUGUUAAAUUUCAUCUUACCUCAAAUUUUCACAUCCAUUCACGAGUUUGAAUCAUGGUUUGAUCUAUCUGGGAGGAAUAUGAAUGGAACAGCACAGGAAGAAAUCGAUGAAAAAAGACGGGUCCAAGUAAUCUCAAGGCUUCAUGCAAUUCUCAGACCCUUUCUUCUGAGAAGGCUGAAAGAAGAUGUGGAGAAAGAUCUUCCUCUGAAAAAGGAAAUAAUAUUAUAUGCACGAAUGACUAAAUGUCAGAAAGAAAUACAAGAUCAUCUAAUAAACAGGACUCUUAUUCCAUAUCUACAUAAUAAAUCAGUAAAUGGUACAAGAGCUCAUAAAGCCAAUUUGGACAAUUUGAUGAUUCAAAUGCGCAAGAAUUUCAACCAUCCUGAUCUACUUCAGUCACAGUUUGAAAUUUCUUUUGACUAUCCUCCAGUAAAUGAAUUGAUGGAACAAUGUGGCAAAUUUCAGCUUCUAGACAGACUUCUAAAACAUUUGAAAGCCAGAGGACAUAAGGUUCUUGUAUUUUCUCAAUGGACUAGAGUGCUAGACCUGCUGGAGUACUGUUUAAGUGAGAUGGGUCAUGAAAUGUGUCGCAUUGAUGGAAAAGUUAAAUUAGCUGAUAGACAAAGACAGAUCAAUGAUUUCAAUAAUCCAGGAAGUAAUCUUCACAUUUUUUUGCUAAGCACCCGUGCCGGUGGACUUGGAAUAAAUCUUGCCUCAGCAGAUACUUGUAUUAUUUAUGAUAGUGACUGGAAUCCACAAAUGGAUUUACAAGCUAUGGAUCGAUGCCAUAGGAUUGGGCAAACCAAGCCUGUUCAUGUUUAUAGGCUUUGUACAGCACACUCUGCUGAGUGUCGGAUGCUUAAAGUUGCUUCUGGAAAGUUGAAGUUAGAGCAUGUGGUGAUUGAGAAAGGUCAAUUUUGCCAGGACAGGACUAUCCGCAGUCUCUUUAAGGAAUCUGAUCUCCUUGCCUUACUGACUCAAGAAAGAGACGAAGAAGAAGAGCUUGUUCAGAGUCAGGAGAUUAGCGAAAUGAAUCUAUUACAGCUUUUAGACCGCAGUGACAUGGUUCAAGGUUCACCUAAAGCUGUUCGUACUUACUCGAAUAAUCUUCCUCUCAAGGGUCCAGGAUGGGAAGUGGUAAUACGAGCUGGAAAGGUUGAAAAUAUGCUCUCAUCUGUUGAAGGAUACAAGCAUAUUGUGGACACAAAUAUGAAGCAGGGAGAGGCAUAAAAGAAAAUAAAUGGUCUCAAUUCCUACUAAAUGCAUUUUUUGUGUGGCCAUAAUAAACUUGCCUCGCUAAUAUUGUGGUAUGCAACUCUCACACAAAUAUCUUGCAUAUUUCAUGGAACUUGUGGGGGUUAUCCUGCACAGUAAUUUAUCACGAACCUUGGUUGCUUCCACCUGGAUCAAAACUAGAGUUACCUCAUUUUCAUUCACGUGAUAAUAAAAAUGAGGUGCAAGUGGCUGGGAAUUAGAUUUUUCAACCAGAAGCGAUUAUAUAGUCAAUUUUGCUGUCAGUUUUGAAAGAUUUAAUUGGGAGUUUUUUCAAUUGACAUACUUAUAUUUCAAAAACGAUAUUACCUAAAGUUUUUCAACAUCAAUCUGGGAGUCGAUCAUUUCAUCGACAAUUUUGCUCUGUAAUUUGUUUACUCUAAUUUGUGAAACUUAAUGCUUACUCAAUUGACAACUGUA